CGCCACAUUCACUGACACUUUUUCCAUAAAGUAAACAAUUUUGUAUGCUGAAAAAACUAUGGUGUUGUAGCCGGGUUUUGGCCGAAAGCAGGAACUCUUGGAGAAAAGUCAACAUGGCCUUUUUUGAUGAUGCUGAAUGGCUGCAAUCACAUAUUGUGAAUUCUUUCAUCACCUCUGAUGAUACAGGUGUGUGCGAGCUCGUCAUGACGGUCGAGUCGGCCGAGUCGCUGGCCGCCGGUGACGCGGCCGAGCGGGACACCUACUUCGAACCGCACUCGCCUGAGAUCGUCAUGGACAUGGACAUCGGCGGCCACCGGCGCCGCUCCAACACCUCCCAGCGUCUGGACAAGCUCAAGAAAGAGAGAAAGAACGCGGCCCGCGUUAAAAACGUCAUCUGGCAGCCCAACCCGGAUCCGCUGCCCGACGCGGACCGGAACUUUUUGUUUGAAAAGAAGCCGAUCGUCCGCCACGCGGGUCCAAAGCCGUCGCUGCUGACAGAGCAUCUCAACAUGCUGGACUUGAGCGACAACCCCUACACGGAAUACUCCAAGUUUGACGGCAGGGCUCACGCGGGCGUGCCGACCCGGCGCAUCAACAUCUUCCUGACGAUGGCGCCCGCUGAGGAGCUGGCAUUCCCCAUGUCCGUGACGGUGGUGGCUAGCGCCCGCGUCUCCGACGUCAUCGGCCUCAUCUGCUGGCAGUACACCAACGAGGAUCGCGAGCCGCCGCUCAGGGGAUCCCCGGAGAUGUACAGCUUGCACAUAGCCGAGGACGACGGCGAGGUCGACUGGGACUUCCCGCCGCUGGACGACCGCGAGACGGUGGCCAAGUUCGGCUUCAACGUGCUGGCGCUGGUGGAGACGGAGCAGACGGAGGUGACCGUGAGCCUGGACGGACCGGACGGGAAGGACCAGGUGACGCUCUCGCUGAAGAAGCGGAACGCCACGGUGGCGGAGAUGCUGAACGCCGUGUUGGCGCAACGGCCGGACGUGGCCCGCGAGACAGGCGUGGAGCUGGCGCUGGAGAGGGCGGACGUCAGCACGGCCGCCUCCCCGCUCAGCGCGGACACUCGGCUCUCUCAGCUCGCCUGUCAGCACUUCAACCUCGUCAAAACAGCGCCUGGCAGGAAGCACAAGGACGCAGCCGUGGUGGAGGAGCCCAACUUCAGCGGCCAGAUGUCGGCCAUGGAGGCCACCGUGUACCAGUCGUUCAAGGUCAACAUGCUCUCCAACCUGGUCAUCAAGGCGCCAAUACAGCUCGGUAUUUCGGGUGACCGGGUGGAGAUUGACCCCGUCCAGGUCAGGUCAACCCUGAACGUGUCCAAGUUCCUGAGCAAGCCGCGGGCGGUCACUUACCAGAUCGACAGCAUCAUGGAGUGCCGACUGUGGGAAGUCAAGUACGGAGGGCGGGCCAUAGUACGGCUCACGUACCUGCUGCCAUCUGACGGCGGCUACAGGCACCACGACCUGGAGGCGGACCUGGGCACGGCCAAGGACAUCGUGCGCAAGCUCGAGUACAUCCUGGAGUUCCGCUCCGGCAUGAGCCGCAAGACUUACCUUCAGCAGAAGGAGAAGCGCAGCCUGCUCGCCUCGCUGGCGGCCAAGUAGCUGGCGCGAGCACGGGGGGUGCGCGGCCGAGUCGGAGGUGGUGACUGGCUGGGGCGGGGUCGGUUACCAGAACGCUGUGAUACUACUGA